GCUUGCUGGGACGGACCCAUUAGGCAAGGUGCAUGGCCUUUGUGGCCGCCAUGCCUUCCCUCCGCUGCAAUGGCCUUUGUCUCUGGCUUCGCCGACCAUACCCAUCUCGCGCUGCCACUCUCGAGCGCGACUCUGCCCCAUGCCAUCACCCACUCGUACCCCUCCGCUUCUCUUCCCCGUAGCAUGUUCCCCGGCCUCUACUGCCACUCCCAAGCGUCAGGUCUACCUACACUCGCGAAACCCCUCGCCGAACUGCGCCACCGAGAUCGACGACUCGCUCGCCGUGCAGGGUGAUGCGUACACCGAACGUGACGAUGGUCAUAUCCUCUACGCCCUUGGCUACCUGACGACACCUGCACGCAUCGCAGAGGCUGCUACGCAGCGCGGGUUUGGCGUGUGCGGUGAUCCUGAGCUGACGGUGCACGCCUUUCUUCGCCGGUUGGAGAACGCGACGGGCGUGUGUGAGGGAAAUGGGUUGAUGGAGGUUCGGAUGGCGGGGGAGGGAGCUGGCGGAAGCACCAACUGCGCUCAAAGCGGUGGUCAUAGUACCAGAGUCGGUGGAGAUGGCGAGCAGGUCGAGGUCGUGUGGCUCAUCCUCGUCAAGGGCCUGAGUCCGCGCGUCGAGGACAUGGUGGUGCCCGACAUUCUGCUCCAGCGCUUCCAGGAGUCUAUGCCGACAGAUGAGAUGCCGGCGCUCUAUCGGAUUGCGGCUCGCGGUGGAGGAGAGGGCAAGGUGAAGACGGAGAAAGCCCCAACACCAUCUCCUCCUAUGAUCUGCCACUGCCCCCGCCGCUCCCGCCUCGUUCUUGGCUACGUGACGAACCCGCGUGCGCUCUAUCGGCAAGCUCUACGCACCGGAACGGCCAUACCUGGCGACUUCGCAGCGACACUGGAACGCAUCCUGCGUCGCAUACGGCGCCUGACGGGCCGCGCGUUAUCAGACACGGUUCUCAAGCUGUCUGAUGGCGGGUGGCUGCUGAUUGUGGCCGAUGCGGCGGACUUGGGGGGAGAGCAGGGAACAGCGACGGCUCUAGAGGGGCAGAUUGCGGGGAUGGCUGGGUUCACGCCAGGGACGACAGGACAACUGGCCGGACAAGAGGCGACGCUAGACGCGCUGUACGCUCGAUGCUCCGAGGCCUCAAUUUGCGCCUUCCAACGGAUGGUGGGGACGAAGGAGGCGCCAGGGGCAUAUAACUGUGAUUUUCCUUGUGUGAGUGGCUCCGUUGACUGUGGGGACAGAGGUGGGUUCCGAUGAGAGAUUGGGAGCUGACGCAAGCUUGCAGAGCUGUGCACUAUCGCCUGCCGCGGGCGGUACGAGGAUGUAGGAGGUAUGCGCACCUCAAGAGCGAAGCUCUCGGGGACGCGGCGUUGUAACGAGCGCAGUAGUCGAAGGGUGGGCAAUCGUCGUCGACUUUGGU